UGCAAACCGCAUUGUUCACUGCAAACAGUAUCCAUUACUGAUGGACACCGUCCCAUAUUUGACAUUGUAACAGAGAGAAACCUGAUCAUCUAGUUCACAGAGGGCAUGGCUGCAAAGAGUGAUCAGGAGCGAGUUCACACAGAUGAGAUGACACCAAAGCUCUGCUGUAUCUACAGUACCUCUUGUUGACAGGAAAUACUUGGAGUGCACUUCAAAGGUCUCAGCUUUUCCUUUUAGGAACCGAGAGCUCUGUGAUUUAUUGCAGACAUGAGAUGCCGAGCUGGUUUGCACUUUGCUGCUGUAAUUGUUGUCCUCAUGAUAACGUGGGGAAUCGCCAUCAAGUCAUUUGAUGUGCGGGAGACAGCAAGAAGUAUUUUUGGCUGUAAUGACGUCGAUCAAAUCACAACAAAAAUCAAAACAGAUACAAAAACAGCCGAGGCAAAGUGCAGCCUUUCCAGAGCCUGUCCGCCUGACCACUUUGCUUUACACAUCCGGAGCGGAGCAGCUAAUAUUGUCGGGCCAAAGAUCUGUUUUGAUGGUAAAAUAAUUAUGAGUCAUGUGUUGAAUAAUGUGGGACCAGGACUGAACAUUGUGGUGGUAAAUGGUGAAAGUGGAACUGUGAAAAAGUUUGGCUACCUUAAUAUGAAAGAUGGAAACCCAGAAGACAUCAUGGCAUACCUGACGGAGAUAACACCCGGUAUGAUCGUCUUGGUGGCUUCGUUUGAUGAUGUGACAAAAAAGAUGACAAAGGAAAUGAGGGAGGUGUUUGCCGGAAUGGGAAGCACUUUGAUCAAGUCUGUGAAACACAGAGAUAGCUGGGUGUUUGCUGGAAGAGCAGGGCCAGGAAACAAAAGCCUCUUUGAGAAGCAAGCUGUUAAUGACAAGAAAACCAACAUUUAUGAAGGAUGGCCGGACGUGGUGGAGGUGGGCGGCUGUUUUCCAAGGACGCCAACUGAUGGACAGAAACCAUGAAGGACUUUGUGAUGAAAAGCAGACAAUGGCUUAUUUAAGACUUUCCUGUAAAUGAUGCCACUCCUGAAAGAUGGAUCUCUCCUCUGUGGCUGCUCCUGGAGUCUCCUUGAGUCGUUCUUCAUCCCAAAUCAAGAGUCUGAGGAUUUUGUACAGAUUGUAAAAGACAUCUGAGGCAAGUUUGUGAUUCUGAGCUGUGGAAAUAAAACUGACUGGACUUGACUAACGCUGUUAAUAGUCAUAGAAAAUACCAAUGUUCAGUGAAUGGAAAGAACAACACUGGACACAUUGACAGAGGUGACUGGAUACUGUGCAAGUGUCUGUUACUUCUGUACUACAGAAUAUGGCAACAGUUUUCUCCCUCUGGGAUAUAUGAGCAAUAUUUGUUCUGCUUCCUGGUAGGUGGAGGAUCAUUUAUCAUGUAACUGUGAACAAUGACUGGCUCAAGUUUUUGUGAUCUGCAGUGCCUCGUUUUAUCUCAUAUUUCUCACUGUUUACUUUCCAUGGAAGCACAUUUGUUGCCAGUGGUGGAGGAAGUACUCCUUUACAGAUUUAAAAGUAAAAGUACAGAUACAAAAAAAAAUACUGUUACAAGUAUCCUGCAGUCAAAAUCCUACUUCGAGUUGUAAUCUCAAAGAUUUUCAUUUCAAUAUAUGUCUGUUAAGUCAUUAUCUAUCACCAAAUGAGAUGACACAAUGGUAACUGAGCCCAUGGCCCACUGAUGGAAGCCCCCUUGUUUGCAGUCACUCUAAAAAAUAAUCCACUGGUUCAAUUUAAAGGAAAUUAAAGGACAGCUUCGGUAUUUUUCA